UAGCCUAGCAGCAGGGAACCGUAUGGAAGAGCCGUCGUGAACCGAAAGAACAAUUGCUCUCUUCUACUGGUACUUUUGUUUAAAUGAAAUGACAGGUGCAUAGGUUUUAUAGAAAGGGAGCCGCAUAUCCAGUUGUCCUUGUGUGCAGCUCGGGUUGUCAGAGGAAUCAUUAAACUCAGAUGGGUCAGGGACUGUGGAGGCUGCCUCCCAGACAACAGCAGCAGCUUCAGGAAGAGCUAGCCGACCGCCUCACUGACCAAGGAGGAGGAGGGGGGAGGAAUGAGCAAGGGAGGGAUGCAGGCCAGAGAAGACCACCUCAGCACUGUUAUGGUCCUGACAUCUACCAUCUGCUGAGGACUCGCAGAGGAGGUAAGGAGCAGCAUGGCUUCAUAGAUCUGGAGAUGCUACCGCCGGAGUUAGGCAUCACCAUCCUGUCGUAUCUGAACGCUACUGAUCUGUGCCUGGCCGGCUGUGUAUGGCAGGACCUGGGAAAUGAUGAGUAUCUAUGGCAGGGGUUGUGUAAAUCCACAUGGGGACACUGCUCCAUCUACAACAGAAGACUACCUGCUGGUUUCUCCUAUAGAAGACUAUACCUACAACUAGAUGAAGGAAGCCUGACAUUCAACGCUAACCCACAGGAGGGCAUUAGUUACUUCAUGUCUAAAGGCAUACUCGUGGAUCACCCGACGGAGUUGGCCAAGUUCAUCUUCUACACCAGACGGCUCAACUGGAAGAUGCUGAGGAUUUACCUGGAUGAGAGACGGGACGUCCUGGAUGAGUUGGUGACCCUCCAUAAUUUCAGUAACCAGUUCCUCCCCAACGCCCUGCGGGACUUCUUCAGACACAUCCACGCACCAGAGGAGAGAGGAGAAUAUCUGGAAACACUGAUCACCAAGUUCAGCCACAGGUUUUGUACCUGCAACCCCGGGCUGGUCCGAGAGCUGGGCCUCAGUCCAGACGCCGUGUACGUGCUGUGUUACAGUCUCAUCCUGCUGUCCAUCGACCUGACCAGCCCUCACGUCAAAAACAAAAUGUCCAAGAGGGAGUUUAUCAGGAACACUCGCCGAGCGGCGCACAACGUGUCCGACGACUUCGUGGGCCACCUCUACGACAACAUAUACCUGAUCGGCCACGUGGCCGCGUAGCUCCGCCCACCACGCCUGACCAAUAGAAGUCCUCAAACUGCACUGACGAAUAGGAAUAGGCGAUUGAGUUCCUGUACAAUAUGGAACGUCGCGGAGAUAACUUUACUAAUUGUCACGUCCUUAAAGGAAAAUAACUAUGAGUACAACAUUACUAGAGAGAGAUCAGGAUGAAAAAAA